AAGAAUUGCCUAAGUUCAAUUCGAAUACAAGCCUACAUUGCCCUUGGGAUAGCAAAUUUUAGUGUAUGCUCCUAAAGCCUCCCUCAGUCGCAUCUCAAUGGGGUUUCACUUGUGUUCUCCGGGACUUCGUACUCCGCACCAUUUGUCCCUACACCCACACCCAAAUUCAUCGCUGUUUUCUACGCCUAGGGUUUCCUCUCCUGCAUCAAUGCAGCGCCCACACGAGGAUCACCAAUCGGUUAUACUGCGAGUUCCACACGUUCUCACCGUCGCCGGCUCCGAUUCCGGUGCCGGCGCAGGUAUCCAAGCUGACUUGAAGGCUUGUUCGGCGCGGGGAGUUUACUGCUCCACUGUUAUUACUGCCGUUACCGCGCAGAACACCGUCGGCGUUCAGGGGGUGAAUAUUGUUCCGGAUGAUUUCGUUAAAGAGCAGUUGAAGUCCGUACUGUCUGACAUGCGUCCUGACGUUGUGAAAACAGGUAUGCUGCCUACACCUGGCACUGUCAAGGUCCUUCGUGAAUGCCUGAAGGAAUUCCAAGUUAAAGCUUUGGUGGUUGAUCCUGUUAUGGUAUCUACAAGCGGAGAUGUUCUGGCUGGUCCUUCAAUUCUGAGGAGCUUUAGGGAGGAGCUUCUUCCCCUAGCUGAUCUAGUAACUCCAAAUUUAAAAGAGGCGUCUGCUUUACUUGGCGGCAUAUUACUGGAAACAAUCGCUGACAUGCGCUAUGCUGCAAAAACAAUACAUGAUAUCGGCCCACGAAACGUGCUAGUUAAAGGAGGUGACCUAUCCGCAUCCUCUGAUGCUGUUGAUGUUCUAUUUGAUGGUAAGGACUUCUAUGAGUUUUCCUCAGUUCGGAUAAAUUCUCGAAAUACCCAUGGAACUGGUUGUACCUUGGCAGCAUCUAUAGCUGCUGAGCUAGCUAGAGGUUCGUCAAUGUACGCUGCUGUUAAGAUAGCUAAGCGAUAUGUUGAAUCAGCAUUAGGGUAUAGUAAGGAAAUCCUAAUUGGAGGAGGACAACAAGGUCCCUUUGACCAUUUUAUGAAGCUUAAGAACAGUGCUGUGAACCUACACACAUACCGACCAUUUCAUCCAAAAGAUCUUCUCUUGUAUGCUGUCACAGACUCAAGGAUGAAUCAAAAGUGGGGCCGUUCCUUGGUGGAUGCCGUGAAAGCUGCUAUAGAAGGAGGUGCAACCAUAAUUCAGCUCAGGGAGAAAGAUGCUGACACUCGCGACUUUCUGGAAUCAGCCAAGACAUGUCUGGAAAUAUGCCGGUCCCACAGUGUGCCUUUGGUGAUAAACGACAGGAUAGACAUCGCCCUCGCUUGUGAUGCCGAUGGAGUCCAUGUCGGGCAGUCGGACAUGCCAGUCCAUGUUGCUCGAUCCAUCUUGGGGCCCGAUAAGAUCAUCGGCGUUUCUUGUAAAACACCAGAACAGGCUGAGAAAGCAUGGGUCGAUGGAGCUGAUUACAUUGGCUGUGGCGGCGUAUAUCCUACAAAUACGAAAGAAAAUAACGUCACCGUGGGAUUGGAAGGGCUCAGAAACGUAUGCAUGGCGUCGAAGCUGCCGGUGGUAGCCAUUGGUGGGAUCGGAGCUGCAAAUACGAGAGCCGUGAUGGAAUUAGGCAUCCCCAAUCUUGAAGGGGUUGCUGUUGUUUCAGCUCUUUUCGACCGCGAAUCGGUUUCGACGGAGACCCGGAACUUACUGGCAGUUAUAGAAGGUUCUAUUCGAGCUAGGAGUGUGGAGGAUCGAGUGUCGGAGUUCCCAGCCUUCUAAUGGACGCUUCAAGCAGCAACCACCACCACCACCACUUACAUCGACCAUGGCCGUUCCCGCCCUUCGCCUCCGCCGUGCUCUAUCUCUCUCAUCUUCAGUUCUUCAAAAGUCUCUAUAUCGGCCAAAACCGU